UUAAGUAAGGAAUGUUUGGACAAUCUCUUCACUCCUAAUUUUUAAGGAUUUCACAGGAGGUCAGGCUAUCAGAAGUAAUCUGGCAAGUAAGACAAGUGAAGAGGGUUACUUUGAGGUCCUGCAUUGCCAAUAUGAUAUCAGAUGGCAUCCGCUACAGACUCCCGUUAUGGCCAAAAAGAGUCCUCAGACCAGAACUUUGAUUAUAUGUUCAAGAUCUUAAUUAUUGGGAACAGCAGUGUGGGCAAAACCUCUUUUCUCUUCCGAUAUGCAGAUGACUCCUUCACCCCAGCAUUUGUCAGCACAGUGGGAAUCGACUUCAAAGUGAAAACUAUUUACAGGAACGACAAACGAAUCAAGCUGCAGAUCUGGGACACAGCAGGCCAGGAGAGGUACAGGACGAUAACCACAGCUUACUACAGAGGGGCCAUGGGAUUCAUUCUCAUGUAUGAUAUCACCAAUGAGGAGUCAUUCAAUGCUGUCCAAGACUGGUCAACUCAGAUCAAGACUUACUCCUGGGACAAUGCACAGGUUUUACUGGUUGGGAACAAAUGUGACAUGGAAGAUGAACGAGUCGUGUCUUCUGAACGAGGAAGGCAACUGGCAGAGCAUCUAGGUUUCGAAUUCUUUGAAGCUAGCGCCAAAGACAACAUCAAUGUGAAGCAGACAUUUGAGCGUUUGGUGGAUAUCAUCUGUGAAAAGAUGUCCGAGAGUUUGGAUACAGCUGAUCCAGCAGUCACCGGAGCCAAGCAAGGACCCCAACUCACUGACCAGGGGGCACCACCACACCAAGACUGCGCCUGCUAAGGAAAACAACAAGUCCUAGCCUUGUACACAAACCGUUCCUCCCCCCCACCUUCAAUAAAGUGGUGACCUCUCCCCCAUGACCUUGAAUACUGCAUAUCGUCCGAAGAUGACUUUGUCUGUUACAAUCUUUUUAGUUAAAAUAUAUGUAGCAAAGAAAGAGAUCAAACUGAAUGGUUGAUUAAAAAAAAAUAGUUAAAAAAAAAUCUAUAUCUAUUGAGAGCGAGAGAUGGGUGCAAUUUUCCAGAACUGAGAGGGUACAGCUGAGAAAUGGUUGGAUAAAAAUUGGAUUUUAGCAUCCUUUGCCUUGUAAGCAUUUGACGUUGGUACUUGCUCUUGAAUUACCGACAACUUAAGAGGGAAGGAUUACCGUGCAGGACAAAUAUAACUUAAUAUUAUAUAUAAUAUAUAAUAAUAUACAUAUGGCUUAAACAUAAUAUGAUAAACGUUUUUAAACAGGUAUUCCUACUGCUAACAAAGUCUAACCUCAAGGCCUUUCUACAAUUUGAUGUUUAGGACUAGGCCAUAGUAUUGGCAUUACACUAGCUGUAUCCUGGUGUAGCACAAUUGUCCUUUCCAGUGUUGUAGUACCAGGGAAUGCUUAUCAGGGAUACUCUAUACAUAUAUGAUAACUGUCAAUCCUUCUUAGAACCAGGUGACUGUGGAAUUUCAGAAAAAUAGAUGAACCCAUACUUGGGAAUGGCCAUUGCUUUAAGUCUUUAAAUACACUUGUAAGGGAUACAGUCUCCCCUUCAUUCCUGCUUGUAGACAGCUGUUUUCUCGUUAAAUAGAUUUUUCCAAGCAUUUCUAAAGCCUACCCUUCAGCACUAUUGUAAUUUUGUCUGCAUGAAAAUGAAUGUUCUCUAAACCUUCCCCAAUUGUUUUUUCCCUUCCCCAUUUUUUUUUUUGAGUGUGUGUGGGUGCGUGUGUUCAGAAACGUCCAUAUCAUAAAUCUUUCUUCCCUUUUUUGUGUUCAAAUUAUUUAUAUAUAUAUAUAUAUAUAAUAUAUAUUUUUUAUUAUACCGUGUCUCUUGUGUCUGAAUCUGAUGUGUGCAACUCAUUUCAUCCUAUUGUCAUGACGUGCAGUUCCAGCUGUGGGCCACUAGAUGGCAGCUGCUUAAAGAGGAGUUCAGUGGCCUGUAACAGUCAUUUUGUCCUCUGCAUUAGGUGGUCAUAGAAACCUUUUAACCCUUGAAAAUAAAUAUUUUAAUUCUAUAUAAAGUAUGAACUUAUAGAAUAUAUAGGUAGUCACAACGAUAUAUAUAGCAAAUUGGAUGUUGAAUAUCAUAGGCUUUUUAAGAAUGCAUUAAUUUGAGUGCUGUGAAUUUCCUAUGAGAUUUUGUUCAUGUAGUUAGAAUAAAAAGUAAAAAGUGAAACUACUUUGUUUUAAUAUUGUGUUUAUAUUAAAGGAAACAAAAGGUGCGAUCGUGUUAGAGAUGUCUGAAAA